UCUUUCGAGUUAGCUGAAAACUGCGAAGGGUACAAAUGGAAUUAAGGUGUGCAUGUUGUGACACACGGACUAAACUUGAGUGACAUUAACUGUAUCGAUUUCUUCCUCAAAGCAGUGAUUAGAGUGAGCUUUAAAAAGUCACUUGCCAUGUGAAAAGAAAGCCAGCCACGCCCAGUUGGCCAGCUGCACACCUCUCUCUUUCUCUCUCUCUCUGGGGCUUUGUCUCUCUCUGUUUUCUGGGCAGAUCUUGAGCUAAAUCAGAACAUAAACAUCACUAUUAACACUAAAUCUGCAUCAACAAAUGGAGCCUCGGUGCUUAUCAGCCACUGGAUCCAUAGUCAAGCUCAGCAGCUUUGCCAUUUUGCUUUUCUUUUUGCUUUCAUGCUUCAGUUUUACUUCUACAGAAGCCUAUGAUGCCCUUGAUCCAACUGGGAAUAUCACAAUUAAAUGGGAUGUCAUUAGUUGGACUCCAGAUGGCUAUGUUGCUGUUGUUACAAUGUUUAACUUCCAGCAGUAUCGACAUAUACAAACACCAGGCUGGACAUUAGGAUGGACAUGGGCGAAAAAGGAAGUAAUUUGGAGCAUGGUGGGAGCACAAACGACCGAGCAAGGGGAUUGUUCAAGAUACAAAGGGACCGUCCCACAUUGCUGUAAGAAGGAUCCAACAGUUGUGGAUUUGUUGCCAGGAACUCCUUACAACCAGCAGAUUGCAAAUUGCUGCAAAGGGGGAGUAAUGAACUCAUGGAUCCAGGACCCAGCCAAUGCUAUAAGUUCGUUCCAGGUCAGUGUGGGUGCUGCAGGAACAACUAACAAAACUGUCAGACUGCCGAAAAACUUCACCUUGAAAGCACCUGGGCCUGGAUAUUCUUGUGGGAUAGCAAAGAUUGUAAAACCAACCAGAUUUCUAACAGCGGAUAAAAGGAGAUGGACCCAAGCCAUGAUGACCUGGAACGUUACUUGCACAUACUCGCAAUUCCUGGCUCAAAAGACACCCACUUGUUGUGUUUCUCUCUCCUCCUUCUAUAAUGAGACCAUAGUAAGCUGCCCCACUUGUGCCUGUGGCUGCCAGAACAACGCUACAGACCCUGGGAGCUGUGUAGAGCCGAACAAUCCAUAUUUAGCUUCAGCUGUAUCAGGUCCUGGAAAAUCUACUAAUGCUCCUCUGGUCCAGUGUACUAGCCAUAUGUGUCCAGUCCGAGUCCAUUGGCAUGUGAAGCUCAAUUACAAGGAGUACUGGAGAGUGAAAGUCACAAUUACAAAUUUCAAUUACAGAAUGAACUACACGCUGUGGAAUCUUGUUGUGCAACAUCCCAACUUUGAUAAUUUGACCAAGAUUUUCAGCUUCAAUUACAAAUCCCUAACUCCUUAUGCUGGCUUAAAUGACACUGCCAUGUUGUGGGGAGUAAAGUUUUAUAACGAUUUGCUCACACAAGCUGGCCCUCUUGGAAAUGUGCAGUCAGAGCUCCUAUUUCGAAAGGAUACAUCGACUUUCACUUUUGAAAAGGGAUGGGCCUUUCCUCGAAGGAUUUAUUUUAAUGGUGACAAUUGUGUCAUGCCACCUCCAGAUGCCUAUCCGUGGUUGCCAAAUUCCAGUCCCAAACAAGUCAUUUCCAUACUUCAUCCCGCCAUCACCAUCUUCGUAUCUCUGCUAUUCUUAUUGGCGUAUGCAUAGUGAGUGUGCCUAGGCCAGACAACAAUAGCUAUCUGUUUUUUAAUUACAUUGUAGAAUUUUCGAUCAAGUUCAAGUUGCACUAAAGCAUAUGGAAAUCCAGUUGAUGGGGUCAAAUGUGUUACUGCUGUGACUUCUAGCUAUACAAGUGGUUCAGGUGCACUCCGGCCUGACCGUCACUACAAAAUUCUGUUUCAAUAUCUGUUACACGUAUUCACACUUUAUUCUUUUACUGCUGUUUUUGUUUAAAUUUAGCCGUUGUACGAUUAUUUAGAAUGAUCCAGUGAAUAUGUUCUUAGCAUUAUAUGAUAUUUCAGAAGAAAUCAAAGUUGAUGUA